CCGAUCGAAACACUGCCUCUAUCGACGAGAUUCCGCUCACUUCAGCGGGACGAUGAUCGAUCUGAACGCGAUAUUGCCACGGUAUUGUUUGCACAACUUUAAUCUUCGGUAAACAUUUUAGUUAUCUCGUAUAUACACAUGUCUUACGGCCGGAGAGACGCAGGUUCUCGAAGGAGAAUCAGGUUCAGAGGUGAAAGUAGUCGGAGCGGCGAGUUUCUUCCGAGUGCAGCACCAAUCGGGGUCUUUGGACUAGUUCGUGGACAAAGACAGCCAUUCAGACGGGACGCAGACGAACGGAAUCACGCCUCAGGAGUAGGGGAAACAUAUAAUUCUAUCGUAACCCUGAAAAGCGGUUAGUGUGCUGUGAACGCUAUCUACUUCGCUCUGUCCUCCAAUUGGCAAAGAUGACGGGAUACAAGUUGGUGUACUUCAACGUGAUGGGCCUGGGAGAGCCCAUACGGUUUCUCUUGAGUUACGGCGGCGUGGAGUUUGAGGACGUCCGCGUCGAACUUGCAUCCGGCGAAUGGGCCAAAAUUAAGCCAACGACCCCGUUCGGUCAGAUGCCCACGCUGGAGAUCGACGGGAAGGUUUACUCGCAAACGUUGCCUAUUUGCCAAUACCUGGCCAAGCAAUUUAAUCUGCGCGGGAAGACCGACUUGGACAACCUGCAAAUCGACAGCAUCGCGAACGCUCUUCACGACUUCAGGAGACUCGUUGUAUCGGCCUACUACAGGGAGACCGACCCGGUGCUGAAGGCUAAGAAGAAGACCGACGUGUUCACGCAGGUGGUACCGUUCUACCUGGACAAAUUGGAGAAUCUGGUGAAGGACAAUGAGGGAUACUUGCAUGGAGGAGAGUUGAGCUACGCGGACCUAUUCUUCGUGGCCAUUUCGGACGCGCUAAGCACGGCCUACGAGUCCGACAUUACGACGGAUAAACCGCACCUGAAGUCGCUGAAGGAGAAGGUUCUAUCGAUUCCAAGCAUCAAGACGUAUGUGGAGAAAAGACCGAAAUUGACCUUCUAACAGUAGACAGUUCCUUUCAUCGUACAUUCUCAGCGUAUCAGCCAUACUUAUCGCAUGUAAGAGUCUAAUA